AUGGUUUUGACGAGAGGAUUUGCCGCGCUCGCGCUUGCCAAGACAGUGGUUCUUUGUCCGAAAUACGAGUCGACGUGUGAUUUCUCAUCAGCGGCGAAUUCAUCAUCAUCGAGUAAUAAAAAGUAUUCCAUAAACCACCGAACGUUCCGGAACGAGUUUUCCUUCUAUUCAAACAUUCUGCGCGUCGUCAGAAACAUCGCCGUGCCGACGCAACUGUGCACUUUAGAGUUUAAAACAGAGUUGGACCGAUUCGAUGCGAACACGGAGCGGUGGAGAGAACGAUAUGAAAUGUACGAGGAAGCGAUGUGGGAAGCACACGGGAACGCGGAAACGGCGUUAAAGAGGAUUUUAGAGGACGAGAGAUUUGAUGAUAGGACUGCCGAAAUUCCCACGAUUGAGACGUUAGUAGAAAUGGAACAGACGAGGCCGAGAUUUCCUCUGUUUCCUUGGCAAAGUUGGAAGCGAUUGGUCGCGCGCGGGUGCAUACGCGACGCUUCGAUUUCUUCGUGUCGGGUUGUGAUUUCUAAAUAUUUAGAGGAAAGAACGACGAGGAGGUUGGCGGCGAAGCUGACGAAAGAGGCGAAGAUGAGCGGGAAGAGGAAGAUGGGGAGGUUUCGCGACGCUUUGGUGGUCAAGCGAAGAUAUGAAUUCGCGGCUUCGUCGUCGUCGUUAAAUUCGAUGCGAAGAUGGUUGAGCGAUUAUUACGGCGUGGACAAACUAACGCUGACGAAGAAAUUCGCCAAGACGCACGCGUUGGCGAACUUUUGCAACUUUUCCGCCUGUUGGGUCUACGACAUGUUCGAAGACUUAUUACGAUGUUACAACUUUUACAGACUCGGCGGAUACAUAGGCCACCCGGUCCCGGAAAACGAAGCGUCUCUCGCGAGUUGCCUGAAACUCUACGCGAACUGCUGUUUGAAACAUACCGCGACCGCGCUCUCGACCGCGUUCGCCUCCGCCGCCGUCGCCGGCGCGACAUUUUACGCGUUCCCAACUUUAGACGAAGGUAAAGGCGUGUAUUACGCCUUAUUCUUCACCCAAUUACUCGGCGACCAGCUGGGUAUGAAACUCGCGCAAUUCGUAAACGGAAAAGUCUUGGGCGCGAGAGGAUUACCGCGGUUCGCGGAACUUUAG